AAAGAAUACCACAUUAAAACAAAAUUACACGCCUGUAAAUGUUAUUGGCGAGAUGUUUAGUAUGGGCCAUUGCCCUAUUGGCAUCGUUUGCCGCGGCUGAUCCACAGGUGAUUACGACCGACGAGGCAGAAUCAGUUAUAAGCAAAUCAAGUCAUACCAACAACUGGGCGGUAUUGGUAUCGACGUCACGGUUCUGGUUCAACUACCGUCACAUGGCUAAUGUGCUCAGUUUAUACAGAACAGUCAAGAGAUUGGGUAUACCGGACUCACAAAUCAUUCUUAUGCUUUCUGAUGAUAUAGCUUGUAAUCCUAGAAAUGCAUUUCCAGGUACUGUUUUCAACAACAAGGACCAGGCUAUAGAUUUAUAUGGUGAUGCCAUAGAAGUGGAUUAUAGGGGGUAUGAGGUCACCGUGGAGAACUUUGUCAGAUUGUUAACUGACAGGUGGGAUGAAGACCAACCUCGUUCCAAGAGAUUGCUUACUGACGAGAACUCCAACAUUUUCAUCUAUAUGACUGGCCAUGGAGGUGAAGAGUUCCUCAAGUUCCAGGAUGCUGAAGAAAUCGGAUCUUACGAUAUUGCCGACGCUUUCGCACAAAUGCAUGAAAAGAAGAGAUACAAUGAGAUCUUCUUUAUGAUAGACACUUGUCAAGCUAACACUAUGUAUGAGAGAUUCUAUUCGCCAAAUAUUUUAGCUGUGGGUUCUUCUCGUAUUGAGGAGUCAUCAUACUCUCACCAUUCUGAUAUGGAAAUUGGUGUAGCUGUCAUUGAUAGAUUUACAUACUACACAUUGGCAUUCCUUGAAAAUAUCAACAGAGAUUCGAGAGUAACCAUGAAUAAGCUCUUUGACGAGUUCACAUAUGACAACGUGCAUUCCAAUCCGGGUAUAAGAACCGACUUGUUCAAGAGAAAUGUCAGCGAAGUGUUGAUUACAGAUUUCUUGGGCAAUGUGCAGAAUAUCGUGUUGGACAACGUAGAGAAGGAUAUCUUGUUCAACUCCAACCACAAUAAACAGGAAGCUACUGACAAUAACGAAACUAGGCCGGUUCAUAGUUACAGCAAGAUUGAUAUCAGUAUCGACACCGAAGACUCCAAUGAAUUGACCAAGAUAGCUCCGGAGGUUCAAAGAGCCAUGGGUGUAGGUAUUGCUGGAUUGGUCAUUGCCUUGUGGGUGAUUGCCAAAGAUCUUGCAUGAAUAGCACGGUGGGCAUAGUAAUUUACAGAAAUAGUGAGAAAGACAAAAAGAAAAUC